AUGGCCACUCCGUAUGCUGAGAAGAGACUCGCCAGCUCACAGGGCCUUUUCAGAUCCGAUGCGACAACUUACCCGGUGCAUGUCGGAAUUGUCAACCAUACAAUGACAGAUGCGUUAUCACGCGGGAUGAGCGAUCUGUCCCCGAUCGAGCAGACAAGCGUCUCAGCUCUGCUGACCGCGAAUUCCAUCCAAGACAACGCUCAGGAUGAACAAACGGGCCAUAUGUCACCAGUAGCGUCCCCGCCAUUGACAAUCAGUACCAACCAUCACUUUACAGAUACAGUGGGAUCACCACGAAAUCAUACAAGUCCAGUGAGGAGAGAGGGUUUGCUCGUUCGACACCAUGCAAAUGCCUCCGAUGUAUCAAUCUCUCAGAAUGAAGAUUCCACCGCAUUAAACUUCUCUCAUGGUGUAGAGAAUAAUGUGCAGGGCGCUGUGACCACAGAAGUUGGUCGUUUCCCCAAAGUGAGCAAAUUUGCAGGAAUCACAUAUCCUCAAGUAUUUGCCAAAUCCGCAGAGGAAUUAUUCAAAUCCAGCACACCUCAUAUCGAUGUGAUGGGGUUCUUUUGUCCAACUAUGAAGUUUGCGGAGGAAUUUCCUUUGGAAUCCUUCGAUCAAAUACCGUUGGUUGACAAAAGUGUAGCGGAUCGGUAUCUUCAACGUGAGUGUUAG